UGAUCCCAGCAUAGGCAGGCGGUAUCUCUGAGUUCAAGGCCAGACUGGUCUACAAAAACCCUGUCUCAAAACAACAAUGAAUUAAGAAAAACAAAGCUGCCUUGAGAAGCUGUGGAUUUAUUCCACGUAAGGCUGGCUCACAUUAACUUUCAGACUGCUGCUGCUGUUGCUCAGACUCAGUGCAGUCAACAUUACUACUUGGAAGUCGAGAUGUAAUGAAAGCUUCAGGAAAUUGCUGAGCUUAUUUUGGGUGGGGGGCAGCCAUUCUAGACAUCUAGAACUGUGUGCAUGAAAACAGUAACUUUCAGAGUAGAGCCUUCCAGAGACAUUUAGAGUGGUCCCAUUGUAACCAAACCAACUCACCAUCAAAUGCUUGCCCAAGUUUUUACAUAGACAACCGCCUGUGUUCAGGAGAUGGGCCUGAGCAGAGAAAGGGCUGAGAUCCUCAUGUGUCCAGACUGGCUGGUCAGAAUUGUUGGUGUGGGGUAAUGUGAUGAGCACAAUUUUUAAAAAUGCCUUUUAAGACACAUAUAUAGAAAUAGCUUAGGAACCGUGGGGUUCUCCGCUCACUUAGUCACGUGUCUGGUUAUCUUGAGUAAAUGAUGUCACUGGAUCAUUUACAGGUUAUCAGGUGGAACCUUGGAUGUAUUGGAGUUCCUAACUAAGCUAUUUCUAUAUGUCUAAAAGGCAUAUUUAUUGGACUCAUCACAGGUAGAUUGUAGGAUUUUGAAUUGGUAAGCAACAGCAAUUUUGGUUUUUGUUUUUGAGAGCAUCCUCCCAUGUAACCCAAAGUUGCUCAAACUCAUAACAGCCCAAGAAGUGGGAUUACAGGCUUGGGCCACCAUGCCCCACUAACAACAGCAAUUUUUAGGAGUCUACUAUCUUUCUUCCUCUGGGGUUUCCAGUCAAAGGGAUGGGGGAGGUGUGGUGGUGGUAACGUCUGGCUACUCUCCUAGCUUUCUCCUCUAGUUCACAUAAUCAAUUUCUAGGAUGUAAAAUUUUCCCUCGUUCCACUUCACCACCCCUGUAGCCUUGAUUCUUGCUCACAUGCCAUUUCCUGUUGCUAAGGCCUGUUAUUCCUGGCCGCCUUGGUGGUUGGCCUGGGAGGUACAGAGUUAACCCAGCUGGAGCCUGACCCUGUUUGAGGCAUUGCCUACACUAGGUUAGAUUGUGUGGCCUCCUGUGGGGAAACACUUUGGGGAACAACAGUAGCUUUGAUACGAGUGGAACUCUGGUACAUUCAAUAUCUUUCUAGCCAUCUCCUUCUAGUGUGUGUUUUUAUUUCAUUCCAGGGAUAAACAGGUACAGAAGGCUUGUUGUUUUGUAUUUGUUGUUAUGGUAGCCCCACCCCCUUUAGUUUGUCCAAGCACAUUGGUCUUCUUUUCCUAAUGCUGCCGCUGUUAACCAUUUAUUGCCUAACAUAACUGUACCGUGCUCUCGGGGUGCUAAUUAUAUUUUGACGGCAACCCUGACGUACCGCUAACAAGUAGUAAAGAGUAACUAAUCCAAACCAGAGUGCAAUUAGGUGCCCAAAUACAUGGCUCAAGGGCUAGAAUCUCCAGCCUUGAAAUUGUGAAGCCUGUGUGGCCCAGAAAAGUAAGGACGAGGUCUUGGCAGAAGCUCUUGUCCCUCUCUCCCACAGGCACACACCUUCAUCUAGAGAGACACUUGCUCGCCCUUCACCCCUCAACUUUUGACUCCUGCCUUCCUCUCUUGUGUCAGAAAGCCAGAGCAGGGAAAUGGGGGAGGGGGCGUGCCGCUCGCUUCCUCACUGGUUUAUGUCCCCGGCAGUCUGGGGGAGGUGCUGGACGAGCGGCCCCAGUCCAGCUGCAGCCGACCCAUGUCCGGGGCCAAGCCCUUUGCUCUGCAGCUUUUCACUAAGUCCCGAGGCUCUGGAGAGUGGGCGUGGGAGUAGCCCUAGCUGAGGCUCCAAGGUCCUCCCGGCUGUUUAGGGGGCCCCAGGCGAUAGCCACGUUCGGAUCCUGGCUAGCAGCCAGGGGAGGGAGCUUGGGAGCAGCCAACUCUAAACCGCAGCGGCGACUUUCAGUUUCAUUUCCACGGACCCUCCUGCCUGGGCCGCAGCCGCCGCCGCCGCGAUGCCCAGCAAGUUCAGCUGCCGAAAGCUCCGGGAGGCUGGCCAGAGGUUCGAGAGUUUCCUGGCCGAACGGGGACUGGACCUGGAGACAGAUCGCGAGCGGCUGCGGGCGGUUUACAACCGCGACUUCAAGCCCAGCUAUGGGACCCCUGCCCCUGGCUUCUCCUCCAUGCUGUAUGGAAUGAGGAUUGCAAAUCUGGCCUUCGUCACCAAGACUCGGGUCAGGUUCUUCAAACUAGACCGCUGGGCCGAUGUGCAGUUUCCAGAAAAGAGGCGAAUAAAGCCAGGCUCGAAUAUCAGCAAACAACAGAGAUCACUGUUGGCCAGGAUCUUUCAUGACAGAGCUGAGUAUCUUCAUGGGAAGCAUGGGGUGGACGUGGAGGUCCAGGGGCCCCAUGAAGCCCGAGACGGGCAGCUCCUUAUCCGCCUGGAUUUGAACCGCAAAGAGGUGCUGACCCUAAGGCUUCGAAACGGAGGACCCAAGCCAGUUACCCUCACUCAUCUCUUCCCACUCUGCUGGACGCCCCAGUUUGCCUUCUACCAUGGUGAACAGGACCUGCCCUGCCCACUAGGGCCAGGUGAAAGCUAUGAGCUCCAUGUCUACUGUAAGACCAGCCUAGUGGGCUACUUCCCAGCCACCGUCCUCUGGGAGCUGCUGGGACCUGGGGACUCAGGGGCAGAAGGAGCAGAGACUUUCUACAUUGCCCGCUUCUUAGCUGCCGUCGCCCACAGCCCCCUGGCUGCACAACUGAAGCCCACGACUCCCUUCAAGCGCACCCCUCGGCUCUCUAGAAACUCCGUAUUGACCAACCGGGUAGAGGAAGGACAGAGGCCUGACCGCGCCAAGGGCUAUGAACUGGAGCUAAGUUUGGCCCUGGGGACCUACUACCCACCCCUCCGCCUCAGGCAACUGCUCCCUAUCCUUCUUCAGGGACCAAGUAUCUUCACCGCCCCAAAGGAGGUUGCCGAGAUCAAGGCCCAGCUGGAGACAGCCCUGAAAUCCCAGAACUAUGAAGUGAAGCUCCGCCUGCUGCUGCACCUGGAGGAGCUGCAGAUGGAACAUGAUAUCCGGCACUAUGACCUGGACGCGGUACCCAUGACCUGGGACCCUGUGGACCAGAAUCCCAGGCUGCUCACACUGGAGGUUCCUGGUGUGACCGAGAGCCGUCCCUCAGUACUACGGGGUGACCACCUGUUUGCCCUUUUGUCCUCGGAGACCAACCAGGAGGACCCUAUUACCUACAAGGGUUUUGUACACAAGGUGGAACUGGACCGUGUCAAGCUGAGUUUUUCCACAAGCCUCCUGAGCCAAUUUGUGGAUGGGCUGACCUUCAAGGUGAACUUCACCUUCAACCGCCAGCCCCUUCGGGUCCAGCACCGGGCCUUGGAGUUGACAGGGCGAUGGCUGCUGUGGCCCAUGCUUUUUCCUGUGGCCUCCCGUGGGGCCUCCCUACUGCCCUCAGAUGUGAAGUUCAAGCUGUAUGAUCGGAGUCUGGAGUCGAACCCUGAGCAGCUGCAGGCCAUGAAGCAUAUUGUGAGGGGCACCACUCGGCCUGCUCCCUACAUCAUCUUUGGGCCUCCAGGGACCGGCAAGACAGUCACGUUAGUGGAGGCCAUCAAGCAGGUAGUGAAGCACCUGCCCAAAGCCCACAUCCUGGCCUGCACUCCAUCCAACUCAGGGGCUGACCUCCUCUGUCAGCGGCUCCGGGUCCACCUGCCCAGCUCCAUCUAUCGUCUCCUGGCCCCGAGCAGGGACAUCCGAAUGGUACCUGAGGACAUUAAGACCUGCUGUAACUGGGAUGCUAAGAAAGGAGAGUAUGUAUACCCUGCCAAGAAGCAUCUCCAGCAAUAUCGGGUCUUAAUUACCACCCUCAUCACUGCCAGCAGGUUGGUGUCAGCCCAGUUUCCCAUCGAUCACUUCACACACAUCUUCAUCGAUGAGGCUGGCCACUGCAUGGAGCCCGAGAGUCUGGUGGCCAUAGCAGGACUGCUGGAGGUCAAGGAAACGGGCAAUCCAGGAGGGCAGCUGGUGCUAGCUGGAGACCCUCGGCAGCUGGGGCCUGUACUUCGUUCACCACUGGCACAGAAGCAUGGGCUUGGCUACUCUCUGCUAGAGCGCCUGCUCACCUACAACUCCUUGUACAAGAAGGGCCCCAAUGGCUACGACCCCCAGUUCAUCACCAAACUGCUCCGAAACUACAGGUCUCACCCCACCAUCCUGGACAUCCCUAACCGGCUGUACUAUGAUGGAGAGCUGCAGGCCUGUGCAGACGUGGUAGACAGGGAACGGUUCUGCCGCUGGGAGGGCCUGCCUCGGCAGGGCUUCCCCAUCAUCUUCCACGGCGUGAUGGGCAAAGAUGAGCGAGAGGGCAAUAGCCCAUCCUUCUUCAACCCUGAAGAGGCUGCCACGGUGACUUCAUACCUGAAACAGCUCCUGGCCCCUUCCUCCAAGAAGGGUAAAGCCCGCCUGAGCCCCCGGAGUGUGGGCGUCAUCUCCCCAUACCGGAAGCAGGUAGAAAAAAUCCGUUACUGCAUCACCAGACUCGACCGGGAACUUCGAGGACUGGAUGACAUCAAGGAUUUGAAGGUGGGCUCCGUGGAAGAAUUCCAAGGGCAAGAACGAAGCGUCAUCCUCAUCUCCACCGUCCGGAGCAGCCAGAGCUUUGUGCAGCUGGAUCUGGACUUUAACCUCGGUUUCCUUAAGAACCCCAAGAGGUUCAACGUGGCUGUGACCCGGGCCAAGGCUUUGCUCAUCGUAGUGGGCAACCCCCUCCUCCUCGGCCAUGACCCGGACUGGAAAACAUUCCUGGAGUUUUGUAAAGAAAAUGGGGGGUAUACUGGAUGCCCCUUUCCUGCUAAACUGGACCUGCAGCAGGGACAAGACUUGCUCCAAGGUCUAAGCAAACUCAGCCCCUCUACCUCAGGGCCCCGCCGUCACCACAAUCUCCCCCAGGAGCGGGAUGGUGAAGGGGGCCUUUCCUUACAAGUGGAGCCAGAGUGGAGAAAUGAACUCUGAAGACACAGCUGCCGCCUUCUCACACCAGCCAAGCCUUAUUGCUGCCUAUCCCUGACCCAGAACCCAGCUCACCUGUCCACGAAAGAGACAGGAAGGCUGGGAAGUUUACAGCCCAAACCAUCCCGCCCCUUCCUCUGCUAGGGAAAUAACCCAAGCUGCUAAAACUUGGAGGAAGGGGAUGAGGAAAGCUUUUUUUUUCCCUCUCCUCUGCAGUACUGGGGAUGGAACCCAGAGCCUCGAAUAUGCUAGGCAAGCAGUCUACUGCUGAGCUGCUUUAAGAAAAACAAAAUGCCGUUCUA